AUGCUACCUGAAACUUCUCCACCUCUACAGUCUGCUACAGCUUGUCUGGUGAGACCACCGAGACUGGGCUUCAGAAAACCCCCUAUGAAUCCCUGGAUGAUCGGCCUUAUCACUGUGGCUAUAGUUUUGGUUCUGGCACUUGUCAUUGGUCUCCCUGUUCAUUUUUUAGUAUUUGAUCGAAAGCCACAUUACUACCAAACCUCCUUCAGGAUACCUGGGGUUGAAUAUAGCAAUAAAUUGGAGGGAGCCUAUUCUGAAGUUAAAGCAAGCAUCACCAAUCAGGUAGAUGAUAUUUUUAGAAAAUCCAAUUUAAAAGGACAAUACAUCAAGUCUCAUGUUGUCAGAUUCAGGUCAAGCACUGAUGGUCUGAAAGCAGAUGUCUUGCUUAAAUUUCAAUUUGCCUCUGCUGAUAAUGAAAACAAAAUAAAAAAGAUGGCUAAGAAUAUUUUGCAGCAAAACCUAAAAGAAGGCACACAAUUCUUGGAAGUAGAUGGUUCUUCACCUUAUCUUCAAGUUAUCAAUACAGCAGAAGCAGAACACCAUAUAAACAGUGGCUGUGGAAUGGGAAUAGACCCUUCAUUUCUCACUGAAAGAAUUUCUAAUGGAGGAACAAUCUCACAGAAGGCUUCUUGGCCAUGGCAAACUAGCCUGCAGGUGGAUAGAUAUCAUAUCUGUGGUGCUUCUCUGAUCAGUGACCAGUGGCUGCUAACUGCAGCUCAUUGCUUUAAUAACAAUAAAAACCCACGACGAUGGACUGCUACUUUUGGAACAACUCUCCGUCCUGCCCUGAUGAGGCGAAAUGUGCAAUCAAUCAUCAUUCAUGAAAAUUAUGCCUCCCACAAACAUGAAGAUGACAUUGCUGUUGUACUUCUGUCCAAUCCAGUUACUUUUUCAGAUGAUGUCCGAACUGUAUGUCUCCCAGAAGCCACUUUCGAAGCUUUGCCCCAGUCUAAUGUGGUUGUCACUGGAUGGGGAGCAUCUAAAGAAAAUGGUCCAAUCUCAAAUAAACUGCGAGAAGCCAAAGUGGAAAUCAUAAGCAAUGAUGUCUGUAAUGGAAUAGAUGUGUACGGUGGGGCUGUAUCAUCAGGAAUGAUAUGUGCGGGAUUCUUGUCAGGAGAAAUAGAUGCUUGUGAGGGUGAUUCUGGAGGACCGCUGGUUAUACCAGAGAACAGGCUCUGGUACAUUAUUGGAAUAGUAAGCUGGGGAAUAGGCUGUGGAAAAGAAAACAAGCCUGGACUCUAUACCAAAGUGACCCGUUAUCGGGACUGGAUUAAAUUGAAAACUAACCUCUAA